CCGCACCCGCUAUCUUCCAGCGCAAGAUGGAGAGCCUGCUGCGAGGAAUACACGGCGUACAAGCGUAUCUCGAUGACGUCAUUGUCUCGGAGAGAAGAAAGGAAGACAGGAGCGUGCUCAAGCAGGUGCUGCAGCGUUUCAAGGAGAACGGAGUCAAGCUGCACAGAGGGAAGUGUAACUUCUGGCAGGACGAAGUCUGCUAUCUCGGGCACCGCAUCAACAAGGACGGCCUACACCCUACGGAAAAGAACCUGGCGGCUAUAAUGGAAGCAAGGAGCCCGAAGAACGAAGUUGGAACUCACCGUAGCCCAGGGUUUGCUCUACUGGGGGCACCGGGUCGUCGUGCCACAGACAGCACGUGGAGCGAUGCUAAAAAUGCUGCACGAGACCCAUCAAGGAGCAUCGGCGAUGAAGGCGGUCGCGCGGACACUUCUUUGGUGGCCAGGGCUCGAUGGAACCCCGUAGCAAGCUGUGGCCCGGAGAUCCAGUUUGGGCCCGGAACUUCGGAGAAGGAGAAAGGUGGUUGCCAGGGACGGUAACUACAACGACCGGAGCAAGGAUGGUCUCAGUGGACACACCGUCGGGAGAAGUCCGACGUCACAUUGACCAGAUCCGUUUUCGAGAGCCGCUGGCACUCAAAGUACCAGGGACAGCGGCAAAGACAACGCAAGGCGCUCGACAAGAUGCAGUACAAGAUACAACACCUGCAGAACCAACCAUCAGCACCACCCAGCCGCCAGAGUUGCGAAGGUCAACCAGAGAAAGGAAGCCUGUAGAUCCCUAUAGCCCCUAGGGGGAAGGAAUGCUGUAUCAGAGCUGUGUCAUGACUCUUGGAAACUUUGUAUCAUCCUCCAAUGUACUUAUCAUUCUUAUCACCACCCUUUCUGUUUUGCACCCGAAGCAUCGGCUGCCUAUAUUAUCACGUCCCUGACAAUAAACGUUGUUCACAAGUCACAACCCAGCAUGUCUCCGUUCGGACGCGUCGUAGCAGACAGUGCACAUAAAUACACGUACGAAGCCGUUUUAGC